AUCAAAUCGCCAGUAGAAUUAUUCUUGUGUGCGGUACCUGAAUAGUGAGGAGUGUAGGGCACGCCAGCGUCAAAGUGCACACGAAUCUACAUUUUCGUCGAUGUUUCGUACCGGAAAAACCAUGCGGGAGUGAGGGAUUAUCAGUGGAUGUUUGUGGUUCGAGCGUAUAUUUAUUAAGUGCACCGCAAUCAAUACGUUAAGUUAAAAUUGUUAUACACAAUGCUAAAGAUGGAAACGGACAAAAUCGAAGAUUCGAACAGUAACUCUCAGGGUGGUGGCGUGCAGUCUGCGACGGCGCAACAACAACAAUACCCAAUGACUAUGUUGGUGCCAUACGACACGACACGAAAAAAAGAACAGUCGGCCGCCGCGACGGCGGCCUUCAACGCCGAACGCGAGUCCUGCCUGAAGCUGUUCGAACGCUGGAGCGAAACCGAUCAAGUGGAAUUCGUGGAGAACCUUCUGGCACGGAUGUGUCACUACCAGCACGGACACAUCAAUUGCUAUCUCAAACCAAUGUUGCAACGUGAUUUCAUCUCUCUAUUGCCCAAAAAAGGUCUGGACCAUGUGGCAGAAAAUAUCCUGUCCUAUUUGGACGCUGACAGUUUGAAGAACGCGGAGCUGGUGUGCAAAGAAUGGUUCAGGGUAAUCUCGGAGGGUAUGCUGUGGAAGAAGCUUAUCGAGAGGAAAGUAAGGACUGACGCCCUUUGGCGAGGGUUAGCGGAACGAAGACAAUGGAUACAGUAUCUAUUUAAGCCGCGACCUGGAGAGAAUCACAGACCGCACAGUUUCUAUCGUUCCUUAUAUCCGAAGAUCAUACGCGACAUUGACAGCAUAGAGAGCAACUGGCGCAAUGGUCAACAUAUUUUACAACGGAUCAAUUGUCGCUCAGAGAACAGCAAAGGUGUUUAUUGUCUGCAGUAUGACGACCAGAAAAUCGUAUCUGGUCUUAGGGAUAACACAAUUAAGAUAUGGGACAGGUCGACGUUACAAUGCACCAGAGUUCUAAUGGGUCACACUGGAUCUGUUUUGUGUCUACAGUACGACGACAAAGUCAUAAUAAGCGGUUCAAGUGAUUCGACAGUCCGUGUGUGGAUCGUCAGCACCGGCGAAAUGGUCAACACUCUCAUCCAUCAUUGCGAAGCCGUGUUACAUUUGCGAUUUAACAACGGCAUGAUGGUCACAUGUUCAAAGGACCGAUCGAUAGCCGUUUGGGACAUGACGUCGGAGACGGAGAUCACACUGCGACGCGUCCUCGUCGGCCACAGGGCGGCUGUGAACGUCGUCGACUUCGACGAGAAGUACAUCGUAUCGGCAAGCGGUGAUCGCACGAUCAAGGUGUGGAGCACAUCGUCCUGCGAGUUUGUGCGCACUCUGAACGGACACAAGCGCGGCAUCGCGUGCCUACAGUACCGUGAGCGACUGGUCGUCUCGGGCAGUUCGGACAACACCAUAAGGUUAUGGGACAUCGAAUGUGGCGCCUGCUUGCGCGUUCUCGAAGGACACGAGGAGCUGGUGCGGUGUAUCCGUUUCGAUUCGAAGCGCAUCGUGAGCGGAGCGUACGACGGCAAGAUUAAGGUUUGGGACUUGGUGGCGGCUCUGGAUCCGCGGGCGCCCACCUCAACACUAUGCCUGCGCACACUCGUCGAACACACCGGUCGCGUUUUCCGUCUGCAAUUCGACGAGUUUCAGAUCGUCAGUUCAUCACACGAUGACACCAUUCUCAUUUGGGACUUCCUCAACUCCAUACCUCCGCCACCUGAUCCGGCGGCUUCGCAACAACGCUCUCCUUCACCUUUCAUGCCAUUCGAAUGAAGAUGGAAUUUUUUAAACUAGGAAUAAAUUCAUACCGACACAUUCUACAUCCUAUGGAUGAUCGCGACAUAUAUAUAAGCAAAGAGGAGACAAUUAGGAAAUACGGACAUUUGUGUGUACGGCAAAAGUGGAUCCGCGAGAAAUAUGAAAAAGUAGCAUUCUAGUUAUUCUUAAUAUAAUUUAUGUUCAAAUUCCCCUCAUACGUCUGCUAUGUUGUACAAUCUAUAAAAAAUUAUUUUACAAAUAUAUCAAUUCCCAUAAAAUCGGUCAAAACUGAAUUGUGAUAGUUAUCGGACUUUUUUAUAUGAAGAACAUAUUACUGUGUAUUUAUUCUAAAAACCUAAUAUAGUGUUAUAAAUAUUCUAUGAUCUCUUUAUGUUUUCUCUCCUCAUUUGAUAAUCGGAUUUUGUGUGUGUGCAUGUGUGUAUAUGUUGUGGAAACAAGCACUGUUUGAAUUGCCUUUUUGCACAAAAGAAUUAAAUCGUUACUAGACAAGGAGAUAUGUUAAAAUGUUUUGAUCUUGUUUUAUCAAGAUAGUAGAGCUAUCGUAGACACUGUUUAUAAAAGGAUCUUGUUGUCUUGUUAAUCAAUAUAUAAAGGCGAAAAAUCUUUCAUAAUUUGUUGCUUUAGAUUAUAACAAAUUUUAUAUAAUUAUCCAUCUGUUUAAAAUAUAAAUUAUUAUACUUUGAGCAUCUCUUUUAAUGAAUUAACAAUGGGCUAUGUGCAAAUAUUAAAGAUCAAGUAAAUGGCGAAACUACAAUUUGAAUUUUUAUUAAAUAUGUUAGUUUUAAUGUCAUUAGCAUGCCUUUAUUCCUUUUAUAAACAAAUACCAUAGAAUGAAUCUAGAUAGUUUCUUUUUAAUGUAAAAUCUACAGGGUGUCCUUUUGCAUACCAAUUUAGUACUAACCAUAUUAAUGUAUAUGGCACAAUGUGCUAAAAUUGCAAUGUUGCUAAUAGAUUAUGACUGCCUUAAAGUUUAUUGUAAUAUUGUUGUAAUAUAAUUAAGUUUGUUAAUUAUAAUUGGAAUUUAAUCUGAAUUAUAUUGAGUUUAAUAUAUUUUAUUGUAAAUGAACAUUAUUAUAGUAUCAUGAUUUAUUUAUUAAUUGUACAUACAGAAUUAAUGAUCUUUGGACUAUUUCUCAUGCAACAUACGAUCGUACAGUAUUCCUCUAAAGCAGUCAACUGAGCAUUUUGUUCCACUCUAACACAACAUAAUUUUAAAAUAUGGUUUGCGUAAUUCGAUUUAUUAUACAUUUUGAUGUUUGGGUGGUUCAAAAUUUUGCUGUUUGGACCGUUUUAUGCCAAAUGUAGUUCUAAAUAUACAUUUAGAUCCCUAAUUAUGAAAUAAAGCUUUUGUGAUAAUAAAAGAGAUUUAAAAAAUCUGAAUGAAUGUUUUAUACCUAAGUGCGUGACUACUUUUGUUUUUUUUUAGUAUUUUAAAUUUGAAUACAACGGAUCCUUUAUUAAGACGAAACAUGGUGUAUAUAUUGUAGUAGUAUUUAAUAUUGUUUGCAUUUAUUAUUUAGAAUUAUUUAUAUUUUUUGCGUGUAAUAUAUUUGAGAAUCUCA